AUGUCUACAAAAAAUGUCUAUGCCAUCAGUAUUGAGCGCUUUCAGGCGAAGGCGAUUAAAGGAUCCAUCGGGUCUACGAGUGUGGGAGCGGGAGUAGGAGGAGGAGGCGGUAUCGAUAGUAGUUCCAGCAGCCUCUUGUCCGGCGUCGAAACAACCGCUGCCGGUUCCCCACUGUCAGACCUGCGAAACGAUCAUCAAAUCGACAUCGAACCCGGCAUGACGCUACAGGUCGUGGAGGACGUGUCGAGCAAACUCGCGCUGAUUAAGAUCAAAGAUUUUCAUCGACACGAUGGCGAACCGGCGGUGACCAGUACGAAUGAGGAUCGGAUCUUUCAGUGUCAAUCGAUCCAUCUACAGCGGAUUCCGUCGGACAUUUGGCCGUUCAUGAUAGCGAUACUGGAUCCGCAGGAACGGUGCGAUUUUGCCAAACGCUCGAGACUGUUCGACUCGGUCAAGAACCUCAGCCAGGGUGAUAAUGUGAAAGUGAAAUGGUUCUCCAACAAUCGGAAUAUCACGUACGAUUGUAGGGUACGCUACAUUGGGCCCGUACCAUUGCUCGGUCCAGGAUACUACUUUGGCCUUCAGUUACUGAAUCUAAACAAUGGGGAGUCACCUCAGAAGGAUGAUAUCGCGUUUGCUUUAAACUACAUGGCCUGUGAACCCCGCGAGACACUGAUCGUGGCAGCAAAUUUUCUCGUAUUCCCCGAGCAGGAUUUUCUCCACCGCGGCAAGCAGCAUCACUCGAGGCGCAAUAUACUUGGCAAUUUUGUGAACAGUAUCACACGGCGUGCUGGUGGGGAUUCGAGCUCGAAAAGUGCGGCUCGCUCGGGAGGUAAAUCGUCGGUAAAUGGGGACUUUCAACCGUACACGCAACGAUCGUACACACCAGAUUUAACGACUAGCGGCACUGGAGGUGGUGCAUCCAACCGAAAGUCAACCGACCUCGACGCCCUGUGCGAUAGUUUCAGUUGUUUGCCGAUGGAUCCGACUGGCGCGAAAGCUAUGCAACAUAAGAAGAUGGCAGCCUCGAUUUCCAGUCCGAAUCUGUCGAAACAGGACAGUAGCAGCAGCACCGGUAGUUCCGGCCGAUACGUGCACAGCCAUCCGGUGGAAAGUGUGAUGAUGCACAACCAUGGCCAAAACCAUUCACACCAUCAUCAUCAUCACCAGCAUGCGGUGAACGAUGAAGCGUACCGCAGUUCCGGCCGAAGUUCACAAAACAGCUCCAACAGCAGCACACUGAAGCAUUCGAAGGCACGUACGUCGAAGUCCGGUCAUCGCCCGACCGGGUCCAACACGUCCGUAAACAGUGGUGGUUUCCUUAGCCUCCCCGAUCGCGAUUUGGUGGUGAUCGAUCCGAGCGAGAUCGAUGAAGCAAACAAGAGUGCGGGUAAUGUCAUCUUGGUCAAUCCUCCUCGAUCGCCGGUUCUCAGUCCAACCGACAGCGGCGGUGUGGAUCUGAUGGAUCUGCUCCACACCAGUAGCAGCUGGCCGGCGGAAGCCGGGGUCGUCGCGGAUAGCCAAAACAUAAUGGACAAAAAAACGCAAACGCCAUCAUCGUUGUCCGCUGCAUCGUAUGGCAAUGGGGGGCUGAAUGUGGGCUACAACACUGGCAGCAGCAGUGCAAGCAGUAACAGCACGUCCAGUACCAGUCACUACAACCACAACGGUACGGCGACCGAACGAACUAACGGUCGUAGUAAAUCCUUUAAUCCGCUGGCACAUUUUGGAAACUCGAAACCCGGCGAAGUCCCUCCGUUAUCAACGACGAGGAAGGCGGCUCGCACGGCGGCAGUAGAAGCAAAACCAGCCACGGUGGACGUUGCAACAAUGACGAAAAUCAACGCACCCGAAGGUUAUGGCACAUCCAACGGAGGUCAUGGCGCGUCCUUUGGAGGACCUGCUGUCUCCCCAUUGGGACGCGUGGGCGAUAACGGAUUCGAUAAUACUAUACCUGGUGCCGGGUUGCUACCCCGAAUCGGAUCGAUAUCCCCGGAAUCGGAUGCUGGAUGUGGUUCGUUGGCCCCAUCGCCCAUGCAGGAACUUCCGAACGAUCCCUCACUCGGUCUGGGCUCGGUGGUGGAAGUGACACUCGAUCCGUUGGAUGCUACCGCCGGUUCGAUGCAUGCAAACGCAGGACCGGGAGAACCACUGUACCACGGUGUGAUACGUUGGAUUGGGCCCUUGCCAACCGGUGGCGGCGGUGGCAGCCACCGGAACGUAAUGGUUGGUGUUGAGCUGGAAGAGGAUCCAAAUCAUCCAACCAUGGAACUCUCCAACGGAACCUUCGCUGGUAAAAGGCUUUUCAAGUGCCCGGCGAACCGUGCAAUUUUUGUUCGUGAGGGCCAAUGUAGUCACGAUCGACGUUUCCAGGAUAUGCCGCCCAUGUCUCCGAGCAUUUCGCGAACGACGCAGGCUUCCUCCAGCGGCAGCAAGACCGAUACCACCAUGUUCGGAAAAGUGGAGUGUCCGGUUGUCAAGGGAAGGAUACCACCGUUGAAAAUUUUGAAGCUCGAAGAUCUGAAACUAAUCUGCGGCAUGUUCAAGGGAAUCCAGGGACAUCACAACUCUUGCUACCUGGACGCAACGCUUUUUGCCAUGUUCACUUUCACUAGUGUAUUUGAUUCGUUGCUGUUUCGCCCCAAGGAACCGGAGGAUAACCCCCAGUAUGAGGAGGUUCAGCGUGUGCUGCUUGAAGAGAUAGUAAAUCCACUGCGCAAGAAUCAUUUCGUUCGCGCCGACCGAGUUCUGAAGCUGCGCGAGCUGCUUGAUCAACUCAGUUCCGUGACUGGUUUGAUGAGCGAGGAAAAGGAUCCGGAAGAGUUCCUCAACAGUCUGCUUGCACAGAUACUUCGUGCCGAUCCAUUUUUAAAGUUGAGCUCCGGUUUGGACACUUUCUACUAUCAACUGUUUGUGGAAAAAGAUGAACGGCUGAACUUACCGUCGGUGCAACAGUUGUUUGAGCAAAGCUUUCUGGCGUCCAAUAUUAAGCUGAAGGAAGUCCCAUCCUGCUUGAUCAUCCAGAUGCCUCGGUUCGGCAAGAACUUCAAAAUGUAUCCACGCAUCCUUCCGUCUCAGGUGCUCGACGUUACGGACAUCAUUGAAGAUUCUCCCCGCCAAUGCUGUGUGUGUGGUAAGGUGGCCGACUUUGAGUGUCGCGAUUGUUUCGGCAAAAUGCGCAACGAAGGUCUGGAGGAAACGGCUAUUUGCAAGAACUGCAUCGAUAGCGUGCACCAGCACAACAAGCGGAUCAAUCACAAGCCAGUCCCUCUGACGGUGCCGCAGGACUUUAUCCCGAUGGCGGCGCAUUGUGAGGUGCCCCGCCUCUACAUGGAGCUGUUUGCUGUCGUGUGCAUCGAGACAUCGCACUACGUGGCGUUCGUGAAGGCUGCCUCCGGACAGGACGCUCCGUGGUGUUUCUUCGACUCGAUGGCUGAUAGAAAUGGCGAGCAAAAUGGUCAUAAUAUUCCAAAAAUGGUUCCGGUACCGGAUCUACCGCACUGGCUGACCGAUGAAGGUUCGCGGGCACUGCACGAGGAAGCGGUCAACGAUAAAAUGUUACCUGAGCACGCCAAACGGCUGCUGUGCGAUGCGUACAUGUGCAUGUACCAGAGCACCGACGUCAUGAUGUACCGAUAAUAAGUGGGUGGAGGAACGUUUUUGUUUCGACUCGUUUGCUUCCACCAGGUCCUUAUAGUACAGGCGCGUAAAAUAAAGCGAUUAAACGAAUCGAUAGUGCUUCUUUCUUGUUUGCGUAUAUCUGAAUUUCAAGAAAAAAUAAGUAGACCUUGUUUCGGAAGGACAAAGGUUACAUUGUGCAAAGCUUAGCUGGCUUUAGAUGAUCGACACUUAAUUCAUUCACUGAUGGAAUGUGUGAGAGCGCUGUAGGCCAAUAGAAAAGUGAAAGCUGUAGGUCAGUAAAAAAUAGGUACGUCCUUUGGGGAAUGGUAGGGGAAUUGGAAUUGUUUCUCCACGGCGGAAGGAUAAAGACAGCCUAAGCGUGAUUGGUGACACACCGGAGCAAAGUACUAGGGGACACAUUACGAAGACAAUUGUUCGCAAAUCGAGAGAUUUUGGACAAACACAAAAUACUAAAGAGAAUAUACUUAUACAGAUAUAUACAUAUAUAUAUUAUAUAUAUUUAUACAUUAUACAAAAGGCAAAAACAAGCAUUAGAACAGAAGACAACAUUGUUCGGCAUAAGUUUUGGAUUGUACUUCUAAAGUAUAGAUGAACAAAGUAGGCGAGUGUCGUGUGGAAAGCGAUGAUAGGAUGAAGAAAAUCCAAUCUAAAGCACGCAAAAAAAACAAA